AUGUAUGACAAGUUUUGGGAAAAAAUAAGUUUUGCUUCAGUUAAUUUACUAUCGAAGCUAAACUUUGGAGACAGCAAAAGGGAUGGAAAAAAUUUAAAGGGCAUAAAAAAGGGUAAGAAAAAUGUCACGACACUUCCGUUGCUAUUAAGAAUAGAAGAUGACACAAGGAGGGAAAAAAAAAAAAAAUUUCAGGACAGCUACAAAAAGGAACAGCCAUUUUUAUACUUACUCAAAAAAAGCAAAUACACUCAAAUAAAAAUUCUUUUUAAUGACAUUGUUGAGACCUAUACGGAGAGACAAUUUUUGAGUGACAUAUCUUUGAAUUUUUUGUGCAGUCUAGCUAGGACAGAAAAAUGUGCCAACAUUUUGAGUGCGCGCGAUGCGCAGACGGUGUUGCUGAUUUUGAGUCGGGAGCUUUUGACCAAACGUGAUGGGGAGGUAGCUGCCACCAGGGGUGAUGGGCAUUGCGAUGUGGAAGGUGUCACUGACCACGGGGAGGACCCCCCCCUGGAAAACGACCGAGACGUGAAAAUUUUAAAAACUAGCUGCUACUUGUUGCGAAACCUAUUUUUGAACAUGGAGGGGAGCGAUAUGGUGGACGAUUCCUUUGUUAUUCUCUUUUUAACAAAACUGAAUUACGUGUUGGACAAAAAAAACGACCUCAGGAAGAAAGACUUUAGGAAUAACUACAGCUUUUAUUUCUACGUCCUCCUCCUUUACUACUACCUCUAUGUGUACAACAAUACGAGAAAGGUCGUAUUCUUCCCCGGAGGGAGGAUUUUUAAAUACUCAUUCGGGGACACCAAUGAGAUGACAGCGGUUCAUAAAAAGUACGACUCUAUGAAGGACACCUCCUUAUACAAUAUGGAAAGAUAUGGAAUAUACACAGAGACCUACAACAGUCUUGACAAAGAUGAGGAUAAAAAAGAAGAGGAUUAUUUCAACAAAAAAAAGUAUACCCAUUUUUUAAAAAACAAUUAUUCCAUAAAUUUUGACUGCUUAAAGGAGAACAUCCAUCUGUUCUUCAAAUUUAAUGAUAUGAUGAAUGUGCAUUUUAUCACCCACAUGGACAAACUGAAAGUUUUUAAAGUGACUUCUCAUGAGUGUGUCUUAAGAAGGAAAUCUCACUUGAUGAGCGAAUCGGUGAACAGUUAUUUGAUGCUAUGUCUGCGGCUUCUUUUUAAACUGAAUAAUAAACAGGAGGGAGAUAAUUACACACAAGCGAAAUGCAAUAAUGGUGUGCCGAACAACAGUAACGAAAAUGGAAGGGGAGGGAAAAAAAACGACACACAUUUUUUCACAUCAGAAAAGGAAAAAAAUAAACGAAAAAAAGUGCCAACCAAUUUAUUAUUAACAAAUAUUAACAAUAAAAAGGAGAGCCAAACAAAUAAGUUAAUUUUAACCGAACUGUUGUACCAAGCAAUUGACUAUGUUACGCUAAAUGAGGAGAUGCCUCCAUACAGCAACAAAGAGAACAAUAACAUUAUCGAAAAUGGACUGAGCGAAAUAGUUAAUUGUCUUGAGAAAAAAUUUAAACUGAAAUACGUAGGAAGCUCAAAAGACGUGGAGUACCCCUCACAAAGUGAAAGCAAAAAAAAAUCCAAAAAUGAAAAAAAUGCUGACAGUGAAGAAAACAUCCUAUUUAACAUCAUAAACAUAGACAACAAAAAAAAAAAUAAAAAUAACUUAAAUGUAGAAACUUUGCUAAAGAGGAUAAAUGAUCUGCUCAACAUUGGGAAUGACCCGUUUGUCUACGUCCAGUCGGGGCUCCACAUUAUCGUCAGGAAUAUGUGCCUCAACAGGCUGAACUCGCUAAACAUAGAUUUCCUCUUCCUCAUAAAUUUGUACUCGAACAAUAAUUUUAAAAAUAAGUUUUUUCAUUACGAUUGGAAGUUGGUCACCCCACCGUGGGCUAGCGAAAACGCCGGCAAAAGUGACUACCAAGCUGAGCAUCGCGAAAGUAGCAGCGGGGAUGCCACCCAAACGACCCCAGUGGGGGCUCCGAAUGAAGCGGAAUCGGGUGGGCAGGCAGCGACAAAAGAGGGAGAAAAGCCCGAUAAUCUUCCUUCGUCGAGCCUUCCUUCGAUGAGCCUUCCGUCGGUUAGCCUUCCAUCCGUGAGCCUCCCAAACCUGAACCUAUCCGCCCUGUACACCCCGCUGACGAACAAAGCGGAGGACGACUCCUUCAAACCAGAAGCGAACAAAAAAGCGCAGAGCAUCGCAAGAAAGAAGAAGAAACGCAUUUAUAAGGAGCUCUCAUUAUGCUUAAAAAUCAUUGCAAACAAUUUCGCCUCCAAAGAUCUCUCCUUCAGUUCUUUUUCGGUCUUAUAUUUUAUGUAUAAAAAUAUACUAGACAAUGUCGUGAAGAUAUCUUUUAAUUUUAUGUACUUUAUUAGUGCGGAGUUUUUUUUUUUCAACGACAAUAUGAAUUUUCUCUCGCUUGUAAAUUUGAAAAGGGAGUUAAUUCCAAGUUCAGUAUACUUUGACAGCAUAAGAGCAUUUACCAACAUCAAAUCGCACUAUAAGUACUUCCUUGGGUUGACAAGGAAGGGAGUGCAAAAGGAAGAGGAGAAGCAGAAGCAGGAGCAGAAGGAACAGGUCAAGGUUAGGAAGUAUCAACCAAUUCUCCUGUCCAGUUUGAGGGGUGACACAGGGGAAGAUGUUCACAGCGGUGAUGAUGAACACACAGGUGAAGAGAAAACCCCCCAGGGGGAACAGGAAAAAGUGAAAAAAAAAAGAAGGAAAGAAGAAACAGUGCGCGCAGAGAGCGGAAUAAUCCCUCAACCGUGGCGUACCCCGUACGAUUUAUUUUUGGACAGCGUGGAUAAUCUGCUGAAGGAUACCAAGGUGUAUGAGAAAUUAAAUUCGAACGAAUUCCUAUGUGAGUAUCCGACUCACCAAACUUACUAUUUAGCGAAGAAAAAAAAAAAAAAUAAAAUUCUCCUAGAUGAACAUAUGUACAUGAUUAGCAGUUACAAUCAUCAUUUUUAUAAUUUGCACGAUCGACUAUUGCCAGUUUAUACGUAUUCCAAAAUGUGCCACAUAGACAGGAAAAAGGGAAUUCUCCCUGGGGAGGCACAACGGUGGAAGAGAAAAAAAAUGGGGAACCACACAAUGGAAACAAAUAUAGCGGCAAAGCCAUCACGGAGAAGGAAGAAAAAGAAGAAGGUGGAUAUAGUGAUGGUGCACGGGCUGAGGGGAAACGCCCUCCGAACAUGGAGGUUCUCCAACCUGUACCACAACAGCCCCAAUUAUCGCUUCUAUUACAGAAAUGACAAUUUGAAAAAGUACGAAAAAGGCGUUACGAAGAUACAAACGCUCAAUAGUGACAGUGCGAAUGAGAGCGAUGAUAGCACAGAUGAGAGCAAACAUUACAUGUGGUCCUUCCUCGAUAUAAACGGAAAAAGAGAAGACAAGGCUAACAGCCAAUCACUGAGUGAACAAUCCUCCUUACAGAAAAAUGAACUGAAAGAAAAAGAGGACGAACUCUUUAGCGCCAUAAAUGAUAACACGGACAAAUUUAAGGAAAAUCAAAAUGUCUUUCUUUUUGACGAAUCAAGUAAGGAAAUAAGGAAGUGCAUAAAGAUACGAAAUAACUUUCGUUUUUUGCCAAACGAGGAUUUAAUUCACAUGCUGUUGUUAAAUUAUAAGUGUAAUCAGAACGUCUUUCCCAUUUAUGCGGACACACGAAUUAUUAACAAAAAUAUUUUUAAGUCUAUUUUUUUGAAAAAUAAGAAAUUAAAAAAUGAUCUGGACUUUUACAGCGAUUUGCUGGCCUACCUGUUGUGGCCCGUUUAUUUGUUGUACCCUCGGAGCAGGCGCUCAAAUAUUUUCAUUUUUAACUAUCACUCCCCGUUGUAUCCUGAUGGGAACUACUACGUCAAGCGGGGUCGCCACAGUGGAAGGGGGGACUCGACGAAGCGAGACAAAAUGGAGGAAAGGGAAAACAGCGAGGAGGGAAAAGGCGUAGAAUGCGGAGAGGGAAGAAGCGUAGAAACAAAGGAGGAAAGCUACACAGAAGGAAGAACAGCAGAAGGAGGAACAACAGAAGGGAACACGGAAGAGAACCGAGUGGGACUUCUCAACAGCUCGAUUAACGGAGAAGAUAAACAGCCGGACAGCCAAGGGUAUAUGUUUUCCCAUCUGAGCUCGCUUAAUUACCUACUUUGGAAAAAGGAGGAAAACCACGAAGAGUAUUUGAACAAAAAAAAAUAUUUCUACACAGACAGAAUGAAUAUGGAGGAAUUAUCCAUUUUUCUUUUAAAAAAAUUAAAAGGCAUAAACAUAGGAAGGCAUAAUGACAUUAUAUUUGUUGCUCAUUCGAUGGGGGGGUUAUUAACACAGUACGUAUUGAUAAAAAGUGAUGACAUUUUGAGCAAGACGAAAUAUGUGUUUUUUUACGCUUCUCCCCAUUUUGGCUCUCCCCUUUCCUCGACGGCUUUUUUGUUCAAAACAUUUUUAUCGCCUUACGUUUAUCAGCUAAAUGACUACGAUUCGAAUCUGAGCAACUUGCAGUAUUCCUUUAGGGAAAGGAUAAAGGACUCAACCGUCAAGGUUUAUUCCUUCUCGGAGUCGGAGAAAACGCCCUUGCCGUUUAUAGGUGUGCACACAAUGAUCGUCCCAAGCGUUAGCUCCUAUUUGAACUACGCCAAAAUGUUUACCAUCAUCAAGGACUGCAACCAUCUCGAAAUAAGUAAAUUAAAUAGCGAGGAUGACGUAAAGUACCAUUAUUUGACUAGGGCAAUAAGGGAAGUGCUGCGGGCGAAAUAG